UUUGCAAAAAAAUCCUUUGAAUUUGGAAAAAGCAAUUUUCUCUCCCUUCGAAAGUUAAAAUUGCGAUCUUUCUCACUGAACUCGCAAAAUGUGACCCAAAAUGCUUACUGGGUUGCUCAGACGUAACUACUCUCACCUCCGUCUCCAUCCCCCAAAACACAGCAACUUCACCACCACCACCGCCACCGCCACACAGCCGCUGGAAGCUACAACUAUAGUCACCCUCGUUCUCAAUUCAUCAAACCCGCAAACUUUAGCCCAGUCUCUUCACUCAUCCACCAUCCAAUGGACACCGCAGUUAGUCAAUGCAGUCCUUAAACAUCUUUGGAACCACGGGCCCAAGGCCCUUCAUUUCUUCAACCUCCUUUCCCACCAUCCUUCCUACACCCACCACGCUUCCUCCUUCGAUCACGCCAUCGACAUAUCUGCUCGCCUCCGUGAUUACCGCACCCUCUGGGCCCUCGUUUCUCGCAUGCGUUCCCGCCGCCUUGGACCCUCCCCGAAAACCUUCGCAAUUAUCGCCGAAAGGUAUGCUGCCGCGGGAAAAGCCCAUAGGGCAGUGAAAGUUUUCAUGUCUAUGCAUGAAUACGGAUGUUUUCAAGAUCUUUCUUCAUUUAAUACGAUUCUUGAUGUAUUGUGUAAGUCGAAACGAGUUGAAAUGGCUUAUAAUUUGUUUAAGGCUUUAAGGGGUAGGUUUAAGGCUGAUUGUGUUAGUUAUAAUAUAAUUGUUAAUGGCUGGUGUUUGAUUAAGAGGACACCAAAAGCCUUGGAGGUGUUGAAGGAGAUGGUGGAGAGAGGGUUAACACCAAAUUUGACUACUUACAAUAUAAUGCUUAAAGGAUAUUUCAGAGCUGGUCAAAUUAAUGAAGCUUGGGAUUUUUUCUUGGAAAUGAAGAAGAGGAACUGUGAGAUUGAUGUUGUUACUUACACUAGUGUGAUUCAUGGGCUUGGUGUUGCAGGUGAGAUUAAGAGAGCCCGAAAGGUUUUUGAUCAGAUGGUGAAGCAAGGGGUGCUCCCUUCUGUUCCCACUUACAACGCUUUGAUUCAGGUCCUAUGUAAGAAGGAUAGUGUAGAUAAUGCUUUAUUGGUUUUCGAGGAGAUGGUGAAAAUGGGUUAUGUCCCGAACUCAACCACUUAUAACUUGGUGAUCAGAGGAUUAUGUCAUGCAGGUGAAAUGCAGAGGGCAUUAGCAUUUAUGGGGAGAAUGAAAGAUGAUGAAUGUGAGAUAAAUGUUCAAACAUACAAUAUUUUGAUUAGGUACUUCUGUGAUUCAGGAGAGAUUGAGAAGGGGUUGGAUUUAUUUCAGGAGAUGGGCACUGGAGGUUGCUUGCCAAAUUUGGAUACAUACAAUAUACUAAUAGGGGCAAUGUUUGUAAGGAAAAAAUCAGAUGAUCUCUUGGUGGCAGGGAAGUUAUUGGUUGAGAUGGUUGAUAGAGGAUUUCUGCCUCGAAAAAUUACUUUCAAUCGGGUUCUUGAUGGGCUUCUGUUAACUGGUAACCAAGGCUUUGCUAAAGAAAUUCUGCGUUUACAGAGUAGAUGUGGCCGUCUUCCUAGUAAAAUUAAAUUAUGAAGCCUCUCAGAAUUCAGAUUUGCUCCUAAAAUGUGGAUCUUGUUACAUGACCUUUUCUAAUUGUAAGGUAACCAUGCUACUGCACUAUGCUAGUUGACAAUGCUGCUGACUGCUGUUAGCCACUGCUCUGAUAUUGCAGUGAAAUUAAGAAGUUAGGAGAGUAUUUAUUCAGGGGUAAAGGAGGCAAUGUUCCUUCAAUUUGCAAGUUGUAUUGCUUUUAUACAACCUCUUUGCACAGAACUAUGCAUCGGGAAUGCUACAUUUUAUCCCAGUGGGACAUGAAAAGUUGAAAGAGGUUGUCCCUCAUGUGAUUGCUUUCAAUUUGGAGAUGGCCUGACUGUGCCCUUCAGUGAAAUGGGAGGGCAGUUGAACCUCUGUUACCUGAAAAUCUUGGCUGGGGAAUUUUUUUUCUGUGAAGCUAUGGAUGUAUUCAAACCUUUUUUGUCAUAUACUGAAAUUUCUUUUUCUUCUA